CUGGGCUCCAUUGUUGCGGGUCUCAUGCGGGAUGUGUGGGAUGUCUGUUUGGAGAGGGCUCUGACGGGAAGAAAGGGGCUGUGACGUCAGCGGCGGCUCGUGCCAUAGAAAGCCUUCAUCCGUGGCGCGGCCGCUCAGCUGCUGCGUCUGCGCCUCAGGAUUUUCCAAACGGCCCUUCUGACCCUAGAGGACCUCCCCGGGCUCUGAGGACCGCGCCAUGGGGGGCCUGGAUGCGCUGCGCCAGUUCAGUCUGAUCCAGUGGCUCCGAGAGGAGCGCCAGUCUCGGAAGCUGAUUCUCUUCAUAGUUUUCGUGGCUCUGCUGCUGGACAACAUGCUGCUGACUGUGGUUGUUCCCAUCAUUCCCAGCUACCUGUACAACCUGGAUGAGUCAGCGGAUGUGGUGUUAAGGAACGACAGCCUGUCACGUAAAGGUCCUGAGGGAUCGUUCCACACGAUCGUGUCUUUGUACGACAACUCCAUCAGACUGUCAAGCUCCAACUUCACAACCAGUCCUGUGGACCCGGUUCCUCCCACCCCGGUGGUUACAAAGCUCCUGCAGAACUCCUCCGACUGCCCCCAGUCCAGCAGCAAGCUGCUCAACGAGAACGUCAAGGUCGGAAUGUUGUUUGCCUCCAAAGCCACCGUGCAGCUGGUGACCAACCCCUUCAUAGGACCACUCACCAACAGAAUCGGAUAUCAGCUUCCGAUCUUCGCUGGCUUCUGCAUCAUGUUUCUCUCCACCAUCAUGUUCGCCUUCUCGUCGAGCUACACUCUGCUGUUCCUGGCCAGGUCCCUUCAGGGUGUGGGCUCCUCCUGUUCUUCAGUCGCAGGUAUGGGGAUGCUCGCCAGCGUGUACACGGACGAUGAGGAGAGGGGUCAUGCCAUUGGAAUUGCUUUGGGAGGUCUUGCAUUGGGAGUGUUGGUUGGACCUCCAUUCGGCAGUGUGAUGUAUGACUUUGUCGGGAAAACAGCUCCCUUCCUGAUUUUGGCUUUCCUGGCUGUGUUUGAUGGAGCUCUGCAGCUCAUUGUUCUGCAACCCACCAAAGUGGAACCCGAGAGUCAGAAAGGAACCCCUCUGUUGACGCUUAUGAAGGAUCCUUACAUUCUCAUCGCAGCUGGUGCCAUUUGCUUUGGAAACAUGGCCAUCGCCAUGAUGGAGCCGACGCUGCCAAUCUGGAUGAUGGAGACGAUGUGUGCCAGGAAGUGGCAGCUAGGCGUCGCCUUCUUGCCGGCGUCCAUCUCCUACCUUAUUGGAACCAACAUCUUUGGCACGCUGGCGCACAAGAUGGGGAGAUGGCUGUGCGCUCUCAUUGGGAUGGUCGUGGUUGGAUUCAGUGUCAUAUGUGUCCCGUUUGCCAAAGACAUCUAUGGCCUGAUUCUUCCAAACUUCGGUGUUGGAUUUGCCAUUGGUAUGGUGGACUCCUCCAUGAUGCCGAUCAUGGGUUACCUGGUGGACCUGCGGCACAUCUCUGUUUAUGGAAGCGUGUAUGCCAUCGCGGACGUGGCCUUCUGCAUGGGGUUUGCUUUAGGUCCCUCCAUCGGUGGAUCCAUAGCUGAGAACAUUGGCUUCCCCUGGCUGAUGACCAUCAUUGGAAUAGUGGACAUUUUAUUUGCUCCUCUCUGCAUCUUCCUCAGGAAUCCACCCGGACAGGAGGAGAAAAUUGCUAUCUUGAUGGACACCAACUGCUCUAUGAAGACGAGGUCCUACUCUGCACAGGGGACGUACUACCAGGGAGAAAGCAUGGAUCCAGAGUAUGACGAUUACGAUUAACAGGACACCAGCCAAGCAGGUUGACCUUCCAGAGGAUCUAUUUUGUUGUACAAAAGAGAAAAAAAAAGAAAAGUAAUACACAAGAAAAAAAACUUCAUCUCCAAACUGUAAAGACAUGUUUCCAUGUGAAUGUUCUAUAUUUAAUUGUCUCUAUUCAGUGUAGCUGUGCUGGAGAAACCAAAGUUGUUCUUCUGUGGUCACAAGUGCAUUGUGUGACAGGUAUUUGUAGCCAACAGCCUUAUUCUGAGGAGAGAUGUGUCCAAAAGCACUUUGGAAACUGUGGGGGGGUCCGAGCAACAAGGACGUUUUAUAUUAGGUUUAGUUUUGUCCUCAUUCUUUUAUCUGCUGUGUGUCAACGAAGCUGUCUGGAGAAUUAAAAGCAGAACUGUGUUCACGUUGGUGAUUCUUCUUGGGUAAAGUGUGAUUUGUGAAGACAACACUGGACACAUUUGGGUUUUGGUUUACCUGUGUGGAGAUGUUCACUUUCUACACUUAUAAUCUGACCGUUUCCAGCCUUAAUAGUUCGGGGCCUUUUCGAGAUUUUUUUUCUACUACUUUACAAUUUUCUCUAUUAAUUUAUCUGUAAAGCUGUUUUUAGUGGGAAAGAUUGAUAUUCAUUUUUUUUAGUACAAUCCCAGUUUCUUUGUGUUUGAUUACAUUUCACACUGAACCUGAAAUUGUCCAAAAAACUUAAUUCUGAGUGGUCACUUUUUAGUAAAAACAGUUGAUAUUAAACUAUUUGUAUGUUUUAUAGCAAACAAAUCAGACAUGUAGAGACUAAAUAAAAGUUCAUAAAUCCACAAUCAAAAAAAAGGUGAGCACAAAACAAUGUCAAAAUUGUCUAAAAAAUAGGCGAAGCUCCACUCAACAGUAUAUAAAGUUCCAAGGAUUUAUCCAACGGUUAUCAGAAUUAUGUAUCAUGAUUGUUUUAAACCAAAAACUUUAAAGCUAAACACUUUUUGAAUCUUCGUGUUAAAUUUUAAUCAAAAACUAUGCUGGUGGGGGUUUCAUUCCUGCAUCUUUGUAAACAGCUGAUGUGAUUGAGAAACUCGCCUUCAGGGACGACUGAGUUAAAAAAAA